GACACUCCCCUCGUUUCCAUCGACACCUUCAUCCUUCAUAUCUCCCACCCCCAUUUCCCCCUCAUUCCCUCUCUAAACUUUCCUGCAUUCCUCGACUUCUUCUUUCCCCUCAAAGUUGGCAAGUAGUUUCAUCCAAUGGCAAUGGAUGUUUCAAUGUCUGUCUGCAAAUAUGUUGCCUCCCCUCCUAAGGGUUUUUUUAUGGGGAGAAGUAGAGGUAUUGGGAGUCCAAGUUCGCAAUGUAGCUUUAUGGUGGGAAGUAAGAUCAACUUUCCAAGACAGAGAGCUCAGGUCAGCCGAGUUAGCCAUAAAUCUAAGAAGCGUGGAGGAGCUCUUGCCGCUACAUGUCAGGCUGAGAAAAUUCUCGUGGCAAAUAGAGGAGAAAUAGCUGUUCGUGUAAUUCGAACUGCCCAUGAGUUGGGGAUACCCUGUGUUGCUGUGUAUUCAACAAUUGACAAGGAUGCACUUCACGUGAAGUUGGCUGAUGAAUCGGUUUGCAUAGGAGAAGCACCAAGCAAUCAAUCGUAUUUGUUGAUUCAAAAUGUGUUAUCCGCUGCAAUCAGCCGGAAAUGUACGAUGCUGCAUCCUGGAUAUGGUUUCCUUGCUGAAAAUGCAGUAUUUGUAGAAAUGUGCAAAGAACAUGGGAUCAACUUUAUUGGCCCGAAUCCUGACAGUAUCCGUGUUAUGGGUGAUAAAUCAACAGCACGAGAGACAAUGAAGAAUGCAGGCGUUCCUACUGUUCCAGGGAGUGAUGGAUUGCUGCAGAGUACAGAGCAAGCAGUCAAGCUUGCCCAUGAGAUUGGCUUCCCAGUGAUGAUCAAGGCAACAGCUGGUGGUGGGGGCCGGGGAAUGCGUCUUGCUAAAGAGCCUGAUGAAUUUGUGAAGUUACUCCAGCAAGCUAAGAGUGAGGCUGCAGCUGCUUUUGGGAAUGAUGGAGUUUAUUUGGAAAAGUAUAUUCAAAAUCCAAGGCAUAUUGAGUUCCAGGUUCUUGCAGAUAAAUAUGGUAAUGUUGUUCACUUUGGUGAGCGUGACUGCAGCAUCCAGAGGCGUAAUCAGAAACUUCUGGAAGAAGCACCUUCCCCAGCAUUGACUCCUGAGUUGCGGAAGGCGAUGGGUGAUGCAGCUGUUGCUGCAGCAGCAUCCAUUGGUUACAUUGGUGUUGGAACAGUUGAGUUCCUUUUGGAUGAAAGAGGUUUCUUCUAUUUUAUGGAAAUGAACACCAGAAUCCAGGUUGAGCAUCCAGUGACCGAAAUGAUUUACUCUGUUGACUUGAUAGAGGAACAAAUUCGUGUAGCCAUGGGAGAGAAACUUCGUUACAAACAGGAAGAUAUUGUGCUCAGGGGGCAUUCAAUUGAAUGCCGUAUCAAUGCAGAAGAUCCAUUUAAAGGGUUCAGACCAGGACCAGGGAGGAUUACAGCAUACUUGCCAUCUGGAGGACCAUUUGUUAGAAUGGAUAGUCAUGUGUAUCCUGAUUAUGUGGUUCCCCCAAGUUAUGAUUCCCUACUUGGAAAGUUGAUUGUGUGGGCUCCAACAAGGGAAAAGGCAAUUGAGCGCAUGAAAAGGGCUCUUAAUGACACUAUAAUUACAGGGGUUCCUACCACCAUUGAAUACCAUAAACUGAUCCUUGAUAUUGAGGACUUCAGAAAUGGAAAUGUUGACACUGCUUUCAUCCCAAAACAUGAACAAGAAUUGCAAGAGCCCCAGAAACUGGUUCCAACAACCCCUGCCAAGGAAUUGACCAUUGCAGCUGCUUAGAUUCUAUGCAAGCUGCUUUUAUGAACCUCUGAAACAUGAAGAUAUCCUUUCAUUUCUUUCUUCGUGUGUGAUUACAGCCCCAAAAACUGGUUCCAGCAACCCCUGCCAAGGAAUCUCACUAUUGCAGCCGCUUUAAUGCGUAUAUCGUCCACAGUUUCAGUUUUUGUUGAAGUUUAAAUUUAGUCAACAAAAUUCUCUUAAAAUUUAUUGUUUUAUGGUUAGAUAUUGUAAUACGGUACAUGACAUGCUCGGCAAACUUCUAUGAAAUUUUGAUCAUGACUCGGUGUGUACUUGGGAUGUUUCUGUAAACAAUUACAAUGGGAUGAUGAUAGGAUUUUUGUGCUGCCCUCUAUGAGCAAAAUAAUUAAAGUUAGAUAUUUGGA